UGCUUCUUACUUUUUUUCACUGCAUGUACUCUUAUCUGUACUUCUUGAAGACCACUUGGCCUACAAUCACUUUAAAAGAUACCAUGAUUUGACUCUGAGUCACAUGUUUUGAUUGAAAUCAGAUAGCCAAAACCACAAGAAUCUUAACUUGUUAGGAACAGUGACUGUUCCACAAGUGCGAAUCCAGAGACUGGCAUACAGGUGGUAAGAGGAGGAUGCAGAUAAAAGCUGCUGAUAUACCCUCAACUUUGGGUUUUAUUAAUUUUCCUGCUGUUACGUCACAAGGCGGGGGUUUUUUGUUUCAAGGCCAGAAUAUAUACUCUGCAUAUUAACAGUGACUUCAAUUCUAAUUUUCAGUGUCAGAAGUUGGUCAGAAACUGCUUCAUGGAACCACUUCUUAAUGACCUUGUACCUUGACUUUCUUUUGCAGCACUACAAAUGACUGUGCACUGUGUCCUGGACAUGCUGUGAAUUCCCCAACAGAGCAUGAUGCAUCACUUCAUCAAAAGAAAAAGUACAUCUCUGCGCUUUCUGCUGCUCAGCACUGAUCUUUCCCUAGGUCAUCACAUCCCGGUAUUGCCAGGUGUCUGAAGUGGUUGACUAAGACCUAAGGAUUUGGAGCAGUGGUGUACGAAGUCAAACAGUGGGCAGUCCUUGUAGCCUCUCCCACCAGCCUGCAGUGUCAUGUGCCAGUAUGAAUGUUAAGAAAGAAAUGCAUGCUUCAGAGCUCAGCAUCCCAGAAAGAAAAAAGGAGGAACUAAACAGAGAGAGCAAAUGAUUGCACUGCUUGCAAGACUUGAGGCUGCUCACUUCUCCUGAGAAGCUUCAUCUUGGCCUUUGUGAGAGAGUUGGGAAAGUAGUCAGAACAGCCACAGUGAUAUUCUUAGAGUCCUUUUCCUUUUUUAAUUUAAUUUUUUCUCCCUUGUGUCUGGAUUUUAAGUGUGCUGCACUGAUCACAAGCACUGGACGUCAAUAUGUGUCAUGUCAUUGUAACGUGUCGGUCGAUGCUAUGGACACUCCUGAGCAUCGUGGUGGCUUUUGCAGAGCUCAUUGCCUUCAUGAGUGCAGACUGGCUGAUUGGCAAAGCAAAGCCUUCCAGCUCCGAGGAGGUGGACAACAGAGUGGGGGGACAGCAGGAGCCCUACCGUCCAACGCUGGGCAUCUACGGGCGCUGCACCAGGAUCUCCCACAUGCAGUUCUCCAGACGAGACACGCUUUGUGGUCCUUACGCCGAAAACUUCAGUGAGAUUGCCAGUGGGUUCUGGCAGGCAACCGCUAUUUUCCUAGCCAUGGGAAUUAUGAUUCUCUGCACCGUGGCAUUUGUGUCUGUCUUUACUAUGUGCGUGCAGAGUAUUAUGAAGAAAAGCAUUUUUAAUGUCUGUGGGCUGCUACAAGGGAUUGCAGGGCUCUUCCUUAUCUUAGGCUUGAUACUUUACCCUGCAGGUUGGGGAUGCCAGAAGGCGAUAAGCUAUUGUGGACCUUAUGCUUCUGCUUACAAACUGGGAGACUGCUCCUUGGGCUGGGCUUUCUACACAGCCAUCGGCGGCACCGUUCUGACCUUCAUCUGCGCGGUCUUCUCGGCGCAAGCUGAAAUAGCCACAUCCAGUGACAAAGUGCAAGAAGAAAUAGAAGAAGGAAAAAACCUUAUCUGCCUCCUUUAACUCCAGUGGGGAAAAAUACCAGCACCUGGAUCUUUAUCUGCUUUCCAUUGACUGGGCAAGCAGAUCCAUUUACCUGUUUUUAACAUUUGUGUGAUUAAGCCCCAUGCAUUCCAACCCUGAACUACUGAAAGGGUUUUUCUUCUUUGCUGGGCUAUGAGGAUCAGAGAAAGGAUCCCAGGAAAGCAGAAUGUAAAUACUUGGGGAUAUUUUUAGUUUCAUUCUGUGAUCAGGACACAGUGGAAUAUAUUAAUCCGACUGGGGAUGUGAGUAAUCACAUGUAUAUAGCAGGAAUGUUGUUAAAACUGAAAAAUUCUGAUUAAUCGGAUUGCCUAACCCUCCUUGGUCACUUUGAAGAGUAAUAAAAGCCAGCACAUUUUUUUUCCUUAAGCAAAAGAGAAGCCUAUUUUAAUGAGGCUUUGUUUCCAAGGGCUCCCUUCAGUGGUGUAUAUUUCUUCACCAUCGUCUGGUUUGGUACCAUUUUCACGGAGGUGCUUUUCGGUACUGAACUUCCUAGAAGUAUGGUGCCUUCUUCAAUAUUAACUCUAUGUUGAGAGAGCAAAGCUGACAUUUACACCAAUCUCAAGGCAUUUAGACAGUCAAGUCCUUGCCAGGUUUCUCUCUCUUGAAACUUAAAGCACAAGGUGUGUGCAACUUAUUACUUAGCAGGUAAAUAUUGUUUCCACUGACUAGACAGAGAAGCUGUUAUUAGACUGGCUCUCACCUGAUUCAGAUAAAACUGAAAUAUUUCUACAGCCUUUAUUACAACUUCUGAAAUCUCAAGCAGACAACAGCUCCCCACAGCACCAGCCUUAUCUGGGCUGCAGCCUCUCCUACAACUGUGGAUUCCACAUUGUAGUUCAACAUUGUACCUUUUCUCUCGUCAGUGAAACAUCAUUCCCAGCCUACAGAUCAGUCUAUCUCAUGACCCGCUCACACAUGAGUUUUUAGGAAAUUUAAAAUUUUCAGGAAGCCUUUACAAAUUCUAGAUG